AUGUCCCCUUUGCAGCGCCGGGUGCUGCGGCGGCUCCGGGCCCAGCAGCUCCGCGCCGGGGACCCCCAGGGGGCCCUGGAGACCCUCGGGGAGCUCGGGGGGGACCCCCAGGACCUGCAGCAGCACCAGGAGGAGGAGGAGGAGGAGGAGGAGGAGGAGGAGGAGGAGGAAGAGGAGGAAUCGGAUCUGGAGCUGUCUGAGAGCGAGGAUGAAGACGAGGAUCUCGAGGGGUACCCCAAAAGUGUCCCCGGGAGGCGCCGCAGCAACAAGCAGUGGAACCGUCGGAACGAGCGGGGCGAGACCCCCCUGCACCGCGCCUGCAUCGAGGGAGACCCCAAAAGGGUCCGGCUCUACCUGGACCAGGGCCACCCGGUGAACCCGCGCGAUUACUGCGGCUGGACGCCCCUGCACGAGGCCGCCAACCACGGGCACCUGGAGAUCGUGCGGCUGCUGCUGUCGCGGGGCGCGGCCCUGGACGACCCGGGGGGCGCGGGCUGCGAGGGGCUGACGCCGCUGCACGACGCGCUGGCCUCGGGCCGGUUCGCGGUGGCGCAGCUGCUCCUGCGCAGCGGGGCCAGCACCAGUGUCACCAACGCCAAGGGCCAGACGCCGCUGCAGACGCUGCAGGAGUGGCUGCAGACGUUCGGCCCCGAGCUGGACGCGGAGACGUGGGCCAGCGCCCGCGAGACGCUCCGCAUGCUCCAGGAGAGAG